UGUUUGGCUGCUUGUGUUACAACUUACAACUUUGUUGGCUGUGUCGUACACACACACAUAUCUUAUUCUUAUGAUGUAUGAAUAAAAACAAGCAAUAUCCCAAUGUUCCACAAUAAUAAUUAAAAAUGUAAUUGUAAUUUUGUUCUCAAAGAAAGAAGACUCUGUCUCUGUCUCUGUAUCUGUCUUUGUCUCUGUUCGUCUCGCUGAAGGAAUCGCUUAGGAUCACAUUCUUUUUCAAGUUUAGUUUCUGCUUCUGGCCACCUCUCAAGUUCUCUGCUUUUGUUUUUAGGGCUCCUUUGGUUCUGAAUUGGAUUGGAUUGCAAUUGGGUGCCUCACCCUGUUUUGCUCAAUUGCUGCCACUCUACCUGUUCAUUGACAGUGGUUUGAAGCCGUGACAAGACACGUAGCUUCAUCGGUUACUGCAAGGAAGAGAUAAAAACAAUAGAAUUGCAGAAUUUUGACCUGACAAGUGAACUGCCAGAGCAAACGACAAGGUAUAGUACUCAGGACAUGGGCUGCUUCGUGUCCACUCCAAAGGAUUCUGGUGGAAAUAGAAGGAGGCCAGGGAGUAUUGGGGAGGUUUCUGUGUAUGUUCCUGGUCUAAGAAUUCCUAAACCUGUUGAUUUUGCACAGUCACUUGGUGAUUACUUGUCCAAAAAUAUAGUGGAACGCCUGUCUGCUCUAAGAACUCGUAUAGUUGUAAUGGCUGGCCAAGAAGGUCCUACAAUUACAAGAACAAAAAGGAAAAGUGCCACCCAACAUGGAGGUUCAACACUGGCUGAUCUUCAGCAGGCUCUUGAAGACUACUUGCUUGUACUUUUGGGAUUAGUUGAAAAUGGAAGCCAUUUACAAUACAAAGUACAAUUUGCUUGGGUGAAUCAAGAGGAUGAAGCAGAGGAAACAACCAUGUCUAAUGCUUGGUAUGAAGUGUUGUCGGUUUUGCACUUGAUGGCAAUGCUAUUGCUGUCACAGUCUGAUUUAUUACUUCUUCCUAGAACAUCCACUGAUGGUCAUCAGCCAAAAGUAUCAGAAGAAAGCAGACGGGCUUCUGUUGAUAUCUUCUUAAAGGCAGCUGGGUAUCUUGACUGUGCUGUAAGGCAUGUUCUUCCACAGUUGCCUGGCGAACUCAGGAGAAAUUUACCAGUAGAUCUUGCAGAAGGAGUUCUUCGAGCACUCUGUCUACAAGCAUUGGGACAGGGUGUAGAUAUUCAACUUGGAAUGGCAAUUGAUAGUACCAAAGCCACUCUUGCAGUGAAGCGUAGACUUGCAUGUGAGAUGGUGAAAUAUUGGCAACAGGCUCAAGAUAAUAUUAUGAACCUUCCAUUAGCAAAUGGAUGGGGUGAAAAGCAUUGUCUUUUUGUGAAAUGGAAGUAUAUUGAAGCGAAGGCUGCAGCAUAUUAUUAUCAUGGAUUGAUUCUUGAUGAGGGAAACACGGAGAAAUCUCAAGGGAUGGCUGUAGCUGCUUUACAAGCAGCGGAUGAGUAUUUCAAAGAAAGUAAGAAGUUGUGUGAAGCAUUCAAUGCAGCACCUCCAUUGUCAAGAAAUCCACCACUUUGGGGGACUAUGAAAUAUCUUUACGAGAAAAUUCCUAAGGAUACCUCAAGCAAGGUGCGAAUAAACCGUGAUCUGUACUCCUAUGAGAGAAUCAUGGAGACAGCACCAACAUUGCCUGAUUUUGCCUUGGCUUUGAAACCAGAUGAAUAUCAGCUUCCUCAGGUGGAUCCCUCUUGGAGAACAGAAAAUGUGAAAGGGGGACAAAGUGGUGCCACCAACCAUGUCAAUGGAUGACAAACGAAAAAACCUUGUAAAUUUGCAGAUGUCAGCUUAUCAGAAAGAAGGAUUUCAGUCAACUUCAAGCUCAGAAGGGUGAUUUUGCAAUGCUUGUCAAUGGUAGAAAAUUAACUACUUCUGACUUUGUGUCUCCUUUUCCCUUUUUUUCUUCAUAAAUUGAUUCCCUCCCAUCCUCCUCAAUAUUUGAAAAACGGCCAGCAAGUGGAAAUAGAGCUUAAAGUUGUGUUCAAUGUGAAUUGUCUACUUGGGAAAAGAAAAAGGCUUCCUUGCCUAUGCCCAAAUAAUAUAUAUGAUUAUUACUGCUUUGUUUUCGCGUAAAGCCAGUCAAAUCCUCCAUUUGUCAAACCAAGUUGUACAAGUGAUUGUGUGUAUAAUUGACUUGUGCAUUGCAGAGAAAAGAUGGUUUCCUUUAGGUUGUGCUAAAAUUCAAAAGAAUUUUAAAUGCAAGGGAAUUUAUGACGUGUUAA